AUGCCAGCACGCGGCGAAGUCAGCCGACGGAAGUCGCUGCAACGGGUUCGCCAGAACGAAAACAGCAUUGAGGAGUUCAAUGCUUUGGUGACUUGUUUAAAGGAGCGGCACGUCGCGAAAGAAUGGCUGUUUGAGAUGCUGGCAGACGUCUUUGCUCAGGACAUAAUGUGCUUCUCUUCGGCAUAUAACCGGGACAUUGUCUAUGAGUACAAAGAUGCCAUCACGCACUGCAGCUUGCGUGCACUUUAUUCAGACGGCAUGAUUAGCAGCACGUUUGUCCCGGCGGUUGAGAUUGCGCUGGCUGGCAACCCAGUCGCUGUUGCAGAGCACUGA